AUCAUCAUCAUCGCCGUCGUCGUGGUUGAAAAUGGCUGCGCCCACUGAAGCAGCGUGUUUCAGUGACGCUUUAGUGAAAUUUAGUUCCUUCACGAAAAAUCCAGAGAAAUUCCUUGGCAUUCACGAUGGAUCGCAAUAUCUUCACCUCACAAAGGAACUGUACGAUGUCCAAGCCCGGGAGUCUCGCAAGGAACUAAGUUCUCUUGUUAUCGAGUCCUUUGAUGACGAGCAGGUGUGGCAACAGCUGGAACUGCGCAAUGGGGCUGUACUCAAAGAAUCGCUCACUGUGGUCUCCCGCCUGGCAACACUGCAGUCCUCUCCUUCCUUAGAGGUCCAUCUUCCAAUCCAUCAAUGCCAGGCAGAGCUGUCGAGGUCGUCUACACCUACCCUGGAGCCUCUGGCAGAGGUUUUCUCAGAAGCUCAGCCCAUAACGCAAAAAGAACCAUCUCCGUUGGGUUCCUUGAGAAAAACACCAGAGGACAAAUUUUUUUGUCUUGCCGAUAUGAAUGCUUUCCUUGAUGGCGAGACAGUUCAUAGUUCUGAAGAUUCUGAGGGGGGUGUACAAUACUUCGAUGAUCUCCCUUCUGAAGAUGACAUUGGCAAGAGUGGAAAGAAUGCAAAGUACGAGGACUUCUUUGAUCCUCCUGGCAUGGACACAGCAGCCAGAAAAAAAACGCGAGAGCCAAAGGAAAACAACUUAAGGUAUGAACCUGACACAGAUGAAGAGGGAGAUGAAGAGGGUGUGGAAAAAGGAAUCAAGUCUUCUUUUGAAACAGCACAGGAUAUGGUGAAGAAAAAGAUGACACACCUUGAAGAUGAUAACCUUAAGGAAAAACCCUGGAAUCUCCAAGGUGAAGUAGACUCCCAUAAUCGCCCUGAGAACAGCCUCCUGCAGGAACAUCUACAAUUUGAUCACAUGACCAGGCAAGCUCCUGCUAUUACGGAGGGGACAACAAAACAGCUUGAGAAGAUUAUACUGGAUCGUAUACGAGACAAAGCAUGGGAUGACGUCGAGCGCAAGCACAAGCCUGUAGAGGAGCCUUUUGAAUUCCGGCGCCGUGUCACCCUUGAACAAGAAAAAAGCAAAUUAAGCCUGGCACAGGUUUACGAACAGCAGUUCCUUAAGCAAAAUUCACAAGAACAGAAGGAGGACCCUAUGCACGAGGAGAUAAAGGCAUUAAUGUCCAAUCUUUUCACAAAACUGGAUGCACUUGCAAACUUCCAUUUGCUUCCAAAGCAGACAGCCCCUGAGUUGAAAAUUGUCAACAACCUUCCAUCUGUGACAGUUGAAGAAGUAACCCCGGUUGGAAUGAGUGAUGCACAGCUUUUGGCACCGGAAGAAGUUAAGGAAAAACCACGUAAAGAAGUGGUGGAGGAAAAAACCAAGUCUCGGAGGUUGAGAGAACGAAGGAUAAAGAGAGCCCGCAGAAAGCAAGUAUUAGAGGACAAGCAGUCAAGCAAACAAGAAACUGCUCUGCUCAUAGGUUCCUCUGCAAAGCUUCUAAAGAUGGAGAAGAAAACAGUCUCUUCCUCCAAGAAGUUCUUCCAAGAGCUCCAACACAAGACCACAAAAAAGGCUGAAGAACCAGCAAAGAAAAAAACAUCACGAGAGGCCCUUACUUUGAAGCUUUGACAAAAUUCGUUUUGUGCUUGUGUAUAUUGUGUGGUAUGGAAUGAUUGUAUAUAAAUUUUUCUUCAUGUAA